AUGCGCCAAUGGACUUUAGGAAUUCACAGUAUUAUCAAUGGCAUGCAAACAGGAAUAUCAAGGCCACCAUCUCGCCGUUCAGCGGUAAGUUUAUUCACUCGAAUGACCCAGUUUUCCAAUAUCCACCCCAGAUCCGAACCGAUUGGUAAAAUGAGGUUUGCCGGACAACUGAGAUGGCAGCACAGUGGAGUGCCAAAAACUGGCGUACAUUUAACUCGCGGAGAGCAAAAUUCCUCCGGUUGGAAAGACAUUAAACGAUUAUUUCAAUUGGCGAGACCAGAAUCAAGUGCUAUGUUCUUCGCAUUGUCGCUAAUCAUCGUUUCCAGUUCUGUGAGCAUGUUAGUACCUAGUGUUAUAGGGAAACUGAUGGAUAUUGCAAAAGAGGAAUCGUCUGAUGAGGACAGUCAUUCUUCGACUCAAACCAGCUUUCUGGAUAAACGUAUUUUUGGGCUCACCAUGCCACAAUUUUACGGUUCAUUGCUUGCAGUUUUUGUUGUUGGGGCUGCAGCGAACAUGGGUCGGAUCAUCAUCUUGAAGGUGACAGGCGAGAAGCUAGUGGCACGUUUGAGAACACGCACUUUGAAGGCAUCGCUACAACAAGAUGCCACGUUUCUCGACAACAAUAGAGUGGGAGACUUGAUUUCGAGGCUUUCUUCAGACGCUAGUAUAGUCUCCAAAUCCUUAACGCAGAAUAUGUCAGAUGGCACGCGUUCUUUGAUACAAGGCUUUGUUGGAUUUGGGAUGAUGAGUUAUAUUUCCUGGAAAAUGACCUGUGUUAUGAUGCUUCUGGCUCCUCCCUUAGCGGCCAUGGCUCUGAUUUACGGUAGAAGGAUACGAAGUCUUUCACGCACACUGCAGGCAUCGGUGGGUGGGUUGACUAAAGCCGCUGAGGAACAACUUUCUGCAACGCGUACUAUACAGGCCUAUGGGGGUGAAAAGCAAGCCAUACGUUCUUAUGCUAAAGAGGUUCGUCAAGUGUAUGAUGUAGGUCUCAAGGAAGCCAUCACUUCUGGUGGCUUUUUUGGCCUGACGGGCUUGGUAGGAAACGUGGCGGUACUGGCGCUGUUGAUGACAGGCACUUCCAUGAUUCGAAGCGGCUCCAUCACUGUGGGUGAUUUAUCGAGUUUCAUGAUUUAUGCGGUUUACACAGGUGGAUCGUUGUUCGGAAUGUCGUCUUUUUACUCCGAGCUGAUGAAAGGUGCAGGCGCAGCGGCCAGGGUGUUUGAACUGAAUGACCGUAAGCCUUCAAUCCAUCCUACUCGCGGCAUAAGUCCAGGUAGUUUGGCUGGUAAGUCGAUAGAAUUUCAAAAUGUUAAAUUUGCCUACCCAACCCGUCAUCAGCACACCAUCUUUGAGAACCUGACCCUGAACAUUGAACCGGGCGAGCACGUCUGUGUUGUUGGGCCAUCUGGUGGUGGGAAAUCCACAGUGGCGUCGUUGCUUUUGCGAUUCUAUGAUGUUGACAGUGGUACUGUGAAGAUCGGGGGACAGGACAUCAAAGACUUUAAUUUACGCAAGUACAGACGCAUGCUAGGCAUAGUGCAACAGGAACCCUUGCUCUUCAACGGCACAAUUUUGGACAACAUUGUCUAUACAGUGCCUCAAGAUAUUGUACGGAAUGAAGAUCUUGUGGCGCGAGCUAUUGGCAAGGCCAAUUGUUCCGCCUUUUUGACGAACUUCCCAGAUGGACUGCAGACCUUAGUGGGACCCAGAGGUACCCAACUGUCUGGUGGUCAGAAGCAAAGAAUUGCGCUUGCGCGAGCCUUCUUGUUAGAUCCCGACGUGUUGAUUCUGGAUGAGGCCACCAGUGCUUUGGACUCACGAAGCGAGGAAAUCGUGGCGCGAACUUUGUACGCGCGCGGCGCCAGCGGUAAGACCACUAUCUCAAUUGCCCAUCGUGUGAGCACUAUUCAACACAGUUCUAGAGUCAUUGUUCUCGAUAGAAGUGGUUGUGUGGCAGAGACCGGCUCGUUCGACGACCUCGUAGCCAACCCGACCUCUGAACUGAACAAACUUCUACGCAAAGAAGAAGACGAUGUAUUAGGUGAUCAUCAUAGUGGAGAGGUGCCAGCGGACGUAACAAAGGAGGCACCAACCCCACAGCCGGUCGCAUCAAGAGAGGCCUAG